AUGAACAUGUCAGAAACGUCUACAUUAGUUAGCUCUCCUAGCAACGAAAGUCAAGAUAGCAAGAAUCCUAAAAUUAAUCAUCAAGAAAUCUUACACAAUCAUCCAAAAUUUCAAGCAAUAUUAACCAAAUUUCAAAACUUCACCAAUCAAAAUAAAAACACCCUUGAGAUUGAAGAAAGAGUAUUUCCUAACUUAACAGGAGAUACAUUAGCAGGAGACAAUAAAAUCAAUUUACGUACAGAAUCAUUAUAUUUUGUUGAAGAUUAUUUUUGGAAUCAUCAACAUGAUGAUUUUGAACAUAUUGAAGAUGAAAGAGAUAAUUAUUCAUUAACAUUUUUCCAUCUUGGACCAAAAUUAUCCGGACAUCAUGGGAUAGUUCAUGGUGGAUUAUUGGCAACUUUAUUGGAUGAAGUAACUUGUAGAUUAGCAUUUCUUAAUUUUGAAAGUCAAAGAGGUGUAACUGCAAAUUUAAAUAUUAAUUAUAAGCAACCUACAUAUGUUGAUAAUUAUAUUAUGAUCAAAUGUACCUUGAUUAAGAAACAAGGAAGGAAGUGUUGGGUAAGAGGAGAUGUGUAUAGAUUUGAUUUGGAUGAUAAACCGGUUGAAACGGUGGAAACAAAAGAGAAUUUAUUGACUACAUGUGAAGUAUUGGCUAUAGAACCCAAAUGGGUUGAUAAAUUGAAGACAGUGUAA